UUAUCACAACAGCAGUCUAACGUGCUGUUUUGGUGUGGUUUCGUUUGUUCAAGGAAAACAUUCACAUUUCCUACAACUGGAUAAUAUUUAAGAUCGUCUAAUCAAACACAGAAGACGGAGUGAUGGCAGAAGCUCAUGCUGCUGUAGCAUUUUCAUUCACUGUAACCCCAGAAGGUGUAAACCUUGAUCUGAACCAUGAAGUCUUCAAGGCAAUCUGGCAGAGUGGGUUGUUGUCAUGGAAGAAACGCAUUGGUCGCAUGAAGAAUAAUUUCAGGAAUGGGCUUUUCCCUGCCUCACCAAUGAGUUUUGUGUUUACAUUGUCCAUCGUAAUGGCAUUGCAUUAUGGAGGCUUCGACCCUUCGUUUGGUUUGAUAUUCUUCUUUCAAACCCACAUGCUUGGCUUGGAUGUUUCGAACCCCAUCAUCAGUUAUGACAUCAGCUGUGCACUGUUUGCCAUCAUCAUGUGGCUGAUUGCGAUUCUCCUCAUCAAGUACAGCCUGAAGGCUCUGCUCACCUACCAUGGCUGGAUAUACGAAGUGAGGGGACCCAUCUCAAUCAAGACCAAGUUGUGGCUGGGUCUGGUUCGUUUGUUUGGUGGAAGGAAACCUCUACUCAACAGCUACCAGGCGGCUUUGCCGAAGCUGCCGGUCCCUUCAAUUGAUCACACUAUUACAAAGUUUCUUGAAUCCAUUCAUCCCAUUAUGGAUGAAGAGAAAUACAAGAGGAUGGAAAAACUUGCAUAUGAAUUUAAAAAUGGAAUUGGGAAGAAGCUUCAGCGGUAUCUUGUUCUCAAGUCUUGGUGGGCCUCCAACUACGUCUCUGACUGGUGGGAAAGCUAUGUGUAUCUCAAAGGAAGGUCCUCCAUCAUGAUCAACAGUAACUUCUAUGGAAUUGACUGUGUCCUGGAAAAGCCAUAUGGUUGCCAGGUUGCUCGGGCCGCCAGUGUGAUAUAUUCUGCAAUUCAGUACCGCCGAGAUCUUGACAGGGAAGAGCUUGAGCCUCUUCUUUUGAACAAAAUUGUUCCUCUCUGCUCUGCUCAGUAUGAGAGACAGUUCAACACAACUCGCAUUCCAGGCAUUGAUAUUGACACAAUAGUUCAUUUGAAGGACAGUAACCAUGUUGCUGUUUAUCACAAGGGUCGUUACUUCAAAGUGUACAUCAAACACAAGGGUAGUUACUUGAUGCCAGCUGAAAUUGAGAGCAUGCUCCAGAAGAUUGUUGAUGACCCAUCGGAGCCUGCCAAGGGUGAGGAGCAUCUGGCUGCCCUGACUGCCGGAGAACGUGUGCCAUGGGCCAAGGCACGCACAGAAUACUUCUCUGCUGGCAAGAACAAGGCCUCUCUACAUGCUAUUGAAAAGGCUGCUUUCUGUGUGACCUUGGAUGAAGAAUCUCAUAAUUAUGAUCCUGAUGAUCCAACUGCAUUUGAUAAGUAUGGUGCCAGUUUGUUGCACGGAAAAGGCUACGAUAGAUGGUUUGACAAGUCUUUUACACUGGUUGUGUUCGCAAAUGGCAGAAUUGGUUUCAAUGCAGAACAUUCUUGGGCUGAUGGGCCAAUCAUGGCUCACUUUUGGGAGUACAUGAUGGAGGAAGAUGGGAUACCCACUAGAUACACAGCUGAUGGGCACUGCAGUGGCAAACUAUCUGAUCAAGUACCAAAUCCAAUAAGACUGGAAUGGGACCUUCCUUCACCAUGCCUAUACGUAAUAACAAAGAGCCUGUCUGUUGCUAGACAGCUGAUCAAUGAUGUGGAUCUCCAUGUGAUGAUGUAUACUUACUAUGGAAAGAGAUUCAUGAAGAAAUGUAAAGUCAGUCCAGAUGCAUUCAUACAGAUGGCCCUUCAACUGACUUACUACAGAUCUGAAGGUAAAUUCUGCCUCACCUACGAGUCUUCAAUGACUCGACUGUUCCGAGAGGGCCGCACGGAGACUGUGAGAUCCUGCACUGCUGAAUCGUGUGCUUUUGUCAGGUCCAUGGAUGACCCCAAAAAAACUAAUGCCGAGAGUAUCAAGCUGAUGCAGAUAGCAGCAGACUGCCACCAGAGGGCAUACCGCGAGGCAAUGACUGGACUUGGCAUUGACCGCCACCUCUUCUGUCUGUACGUGGUGGAGAAGUACCUGGGUCUGGAUUCGCCGUUCCUCUCUGAGGUGCUCAGUGAACCAUGGAGACUGUCUACAAGUCAGACACCUCACCAGCAAGCACAAAGACUCGACAUUGAAAAAUACCCAAAUCGAAUAUGUGGCGGUGGUGGAUUUGGUCCAGUUGCUGACGAUGGUUAUGGGGUGUCCUACAUUGUGGCUGGUGAAGACACAGUCUUCUUUCAUAUCUCUUGCAAAAAAUCAUGCUCAACCACAAAUGCUAACCAGUUUGGGAACAAUCUCAUCAAGGCAUUUGCAGAUAUGAAGAGUCUGUUUGAUGAAAGUUCUUAAUGAAGACAAAGCUGUAGAAGAUGCCAUUUUUUUCUUUGUGAGAAUAUUCCAUCACAUUUAUCACGGAUUAUAGCAACUGUUGUAAACAAGAUGAAAGGAUCAGUGAUAGUAAAUAAUAUAUUGAGUUAGGAUGCUGUGGCACUGGUAUCAGCACCUAGAACUGAGAAUUAAAACUAUUGUUGGUGUUUGUGGAAGUUGGCAAGUGUGUGUCUAAGCUCUUUGUAAUAGUCAUGGUUUGCUGUGCACCAUUUGAUGUUGGUAAAACUUAGUAUUUAUUAAUAUAUGUUUUGAGGAGCAUUUGAAUUGUGUGCAGAUAUGAAGAUGGUAACUGGGUCUUAAUUUUAACGAAUGUUAUUCUGAUUUCCGUCAUACUGUCAACAUGUACUGUCUGUGAUAAAGUGAAUAUAAAAGAUUCCUUGUUGGUAAUUGAAAAUGUUUGCCUGUAUGCUAUCAGCAGGUUUCUUCUUUGAUUUUCUAGACCAGGUGUAACAAUUACUUUAUGUUGGAUACCUCACGGCCACUGACAAAACAAAGUGCUUGGAUGUUUCUCAAUUAAGAUUCCUUUCAUACACAGUGAAAGCAGUACACACUUACAUAGUUGAAUGGUAUAUUCAAUUUAUUAUGAUUAUUUAUGAUUAUUGUCACAGGACUGCCAAUGGCAAAUGACAUUUCUCUUGAGAAUUUCAAAAUACCAACAGAAGUACAAAAAAAUAUGUAUAUAUUACUGCAAAAACAUGCAAUUUUUGUUGUUGAUGAUUUUUUUCUUUUUCUUAAUCAAUAAUUAAGAUAACAAUAUUCUGUUUUCAAAGAUUAAUAUUGACCUUAUUAUAAGUAUGUAUACUUUUUGGUUACAAGUUCUUGUUGGGUGUAUCGAAUAUUGUUUCUGUGAAUAAUAAACAAAUUGACACUAUUGAUAUAUCCUCGAGUAACCGUGAACCGGGCUAUUAACAGAAAAUGACUUCUACACACACGCAUUGUAAUCACACAAUCAAUUUGAAGAAUUAAUAUUUUACAUUAUUUAAGUUACUAUAGAAAUCAAGCAAUAUAAUUUUCACAAUCUUACCAUUACAGCUUGUAGAUAGAUGAAAUGCAUGCCAUAGUUGAAUGUUAACAUUUUCCAGGUCCUCUCUAAAAGCAGACUACUGCUAAAUGUGUAAACCAGUCUAUUUACGGCAUCGCAAAAAGUAUUGUAGAUAAUAUCGGUCAUCAUUGGAAAAGUACUUUAAAAACAACAGUUUGUCAACUUGAAAAUCAUCUUCAUAAAUCAAGGCUAAUAUUCGUUCCUCGUAUUCAGCCUUGAUACAUGUCAAGAAAUCGUGCCACAAAAUGCUUA